GAACGAGUCCCCAUUCGCCACCGCAAAGCGAGGAGAAGCCACCACGAAGCUUCCCCGGAGUGAGAGGUGGAGCGAGCGGAGAGAGAGGGAUAGAGAGAGAAGGCCAGUGGCGACGCCGCGGGGGUUUGCUGCGACGGCGGCGGUGGGCGGAACCUUCCGGAAGCGGCCGCGGCGUGGGCGAGUCGAGUCGAGUCGAGGUGAGGGGUGGUGGUUGGUGGUGGCGGGUGCUCGUCGGUGUCGUCUCUCCUGCGACCGAGCGCGCGAAGGUGGGGGGCUGGGGAUUGAUCGGGCAUGGCGCUCGGGAGGUCGUCGCCGGCGCCUCCGCCGGCGCCGGAGAUCCGGUCUCCGGAAGGGCCGGAACGGGACUACGUGGAGGAGACGGAUGCCGAGGACAAGUUCGACGACGCGUUCGAUAUACCACAUAAGAACGCCUCCCACGAUCGCCUGCGGCGAUGGAGGCAAGCUGCUCUUGUGCUCAAUGCUUCACGUCGCUUUAGAUAUACUCUAGACCUUAAAAAGGAGGAAGAGAAAGAGAUGAUAAGAAGAAAGAUCCGAGCACAUGCACAAGUGAUACGGGCAGCAUUUCUUUUCAAAGAAGCUGGUGAAAAAGAUCUCAGAGAAGCUUAUACUGGUAUAAAACUUGCAACGGCCUCUCGCAGUUUUCCAAUUGAACUGGAAAAGCUUACAGCAUUAAAUAGGGAUCAUGAUAAUGUUAUGCUUCAGGAAGUCGGAGGAGUUAAGGGACUUUCAGAUUUAUUAAAGAGUAAUUUAGACAAGGGAAUUUCUCCAAAUGAGGAUGAAUUGUUGGAAAGGAGGGGUGUUUACGGAGCAAACAGAUAUCCACGCAAGAAAAGGAAAAGCAUACUGCGUUUUGUAUUUGAAGCAUGCAAAGAUUUAACUCUCAUCAUUUUAAUGGUGGCUGCUGCCAUAUCACUUACAUUGGGCAUGACGACAGAGGGUGCAGAUGAAGGAUGGUAUGAUGGUGGAAGUAUUUUCUUAGCUGUUUUUAUUGUGAUACUUGUUACAGCAAUCAGUGAUUACAGACAAUCUCUUCAGUUUCGACAUCUAAAUGAGGAGAAACAGAACAUACAAGUGGAGGUUGUUAGAGGUGGUAAAAGAUGUGUAACUUCAAUAUUUGACCUUGUUGUUGGUGAUGUGGUUCCUCUUAAAAUUGGUGACCAAGUUCCUGCUGAUGGUGUCCUGAUAUCUGGCCAUUCUCUUGCAAUAGAUGAAUCAAGUAUGACCGGGGAGUCAAAAACUGUUCACAAGGAUCAAAAGGCACCGUUCUUGAUGUCUGGAUGCAAGGUUGCAGAUGGCUAUGGUUCUAUGUUGGUAACAGGUGUAGGCACCUAUACCGAAUGGGGUCAGUUGAUGGCUAACCUUUCUGAAGAUAAUGGUGAAGAAACACCGUUGCAGGUGCGCUUGAAUGGUGUAGCAACUUUUAUUGGUAUGGUUGGUUUGACAGUGGCUGGUGCUGUACUUAUAGUUCUUUGGAUAAGAUAUUUUACUGGACACACCAAGGAUCCAAAUGGCACUACCCAAUUUGUGGCUGGAACUACUCGGGCAAAAAAAGGAUUUAUGGGUGCAAUCAGAAUUUUGACAAUUGCUGUUACCAUUGUCGUUGUUGCUGUGCCCGAGGGACUUCCAUUAGCAGUAACAUUGACACUUGCAUACUCAAUGAGAAAGAUGAUGCGAGACAAGGCACUGGUGAGGCGUCUCUCAUCCUGUGAAACAAUGGGAUCUGCAACUACAAUAUGCAGUGAUAAAACAGGAACGCUUACCUUGAAUAAGAUGACGGUUGUGCAAGCAUAUUUUGGUGGAACAAUUUUGGAUCCUUGUGAUGAUAUUAGGGCAAUGUCAUCUGGGGCUACAGAACUUCUUAUUGAAGGAAUCGCACAAAACACAACAGGAACUAUAUUUUUGCCAGAGGAUGGGGGAGAUGCUGAACUUUCAGGAUCACCAACUGAAAAGGCUAUUCUUUCUUGGGGCCUUAAGAUAGGAAUGGAUUUCAAUGAUGCGCAGUCAAAAUCUCAAAUUCUUCAUGUAUUUCCAUUUAAUUCGGAGAAGAAGCGUGGUGGGGUUGCAGUACAGUCAGAUGCUGGUGUUCGUGUCCACUGGAAAGGUGCAGCUGAGCUUGUGUUAUCAUCUUGCAAAAGCUUGCUAACCCUGGAUGGUUCAGUUCAGCCCAUGAGUGCUGAGAAGUAUAAUGACUGCAAGAGAUCAAUUGAAGACAUGGCAACAAAUUCAUUACGAUGCGUUGCUUUUGCAUAUUGUCCUUGCGAAAUGGAAACAAUCCCAAAGGAAGACAUAGCUGAUUGGAAGUUACCUGAGGAUGACCUGACUCUGCUUUGUAUAGUGGGUAUAAAGGAUCCUUGCCGCCCAGGAGUGAGGAGUUCUGUACAAUUAUGCACCAGUGCCGGUGUAAAGGUGCGCAUGGUCACUGGAGAUAACAUUGAAACAGCUAAAGCCAUAGCUUUGGAGUGUGGAAUAUUGGAUGCAAAUGGUACUAUUUCCGAACCAUUUGUAAUAGAGGGGAAAGUGUUCCGUGAGAUGUCUGAAGCUGCAAGAGGAGAGAUUGUUGACAAGAUAACAGUGAUGGGAAGAUCGUCUCCAAAUGACAAACUUUUACUUGUCCAAGCUUUGAAAAGAAAAGGUCAUGUUGUGGCUGUUACUGGUGAUGGGACAAAUGAUGCUCCUGCAUUGCAUGAGGCCGAUAUAGGUCUCUCAAUGGGUAUUUCAGGGACAGAAGUUGCCAAAGAAAGUUCUGACAUUAUAAUCUUGGAUGACAACUUUGAAUCAGUUGUAAAGGUUGUUCGGUGGGGAAGGUCUGUCUAUGCAAAUAUUCAGAAAUUCAUCCAGUUCCAACUUACUGUCAAUGUUGCUGCACUAGUGAUUAAUGUCGUCGCAGCUGUGUCUUCUGGUGACGUGCCUCUAAAUGCUGUCGAGCUUCUCUGGGUAAAUCUAAUCAUGGAUACACUGGGAGCUCUUGCAUUAGCAACUGAACCACCAACGGAUAACCUUAUGAAGAGACAGCCUGUUGGUCGAAGGGAACCUCUCGUGACUAAUAUCAUGUGGAGAAACUUGUUUGUCCAGGCCAUUUACCAAAUAGCAAUCCUUCUUAUCUUUGAUUUUUCUGGAAGAAGCAUAUUGCGGUUGCAGAAUGAAAGUCGGGAGGAUGCUGAGAAAACACAGAACACCUUUAUAUUCAACACCUUUGUCUUUUGUCAGAUCUUUAAUGAGUUCAAUGCACGCAAGCCUGAGGAGAAGAAUGUCUUCAAAGGAAUAACAAAGAACCACCUCUUCAUGGGAAUAAUUGCCGUAACUACUAUAUUUCAGAUACUGAUUAUUGAGUUCCUUGGGAAGUUCUUCAAAACUGUGAGACUUGAUUGGAGACUAUGGUUGGUCUCAGUUGCUAUUGGAAUUAUAAGUUGGCCUCUGGCAUAUCUGGGGAAAUUCAUUCCAGUGCCUGUAAGACCUCUCCAUGAUUAUUUCAAACCCACUUGUUGGAGACGAAAUUCACGCCGAGACGAAGAGGAGGGUGCACAGAGCUAAGACACAGCAAAUAUCCAGUGUAAAUAGCCAAUGGGUCAACAAAAGGAGAUAACAUUUCGAUCUACUGGUUCUCUGUGGAUAUAAAAUCUUUUGGACGAGCUAUUUUUUUUUUGCAGGAGAUGGCUGAUGUCAACUCCUGCAGCAGAAGCUUUGCAUGCAGCGCCAGGGUCAAGUGUCACUCAAGCUGUUGAUACUUCACUUGAUCGAAGUUAAGAUAAAGCUAAUUCUAACUAGGGGAGCAAUCUUUUAGCUUUGUAUUAAAGCGAUUUUAAAACUGUAUAUGCUUAGCUGUUAACUACCAAACAUUCGUAUUUAUUUUGUUUGUUUUUGCUGCUAACUAGGAGUAUAUACGUUCUAGGAUUAUUACAGCAAUCGUCAGGUUGAAGUUUUAGCUUUCCUUCUAUCUUGUUUUGAUGGAUUGAAAUAUUUAAUAAAAGAAGCAAGCAAUAAAGGGAUAUUUAAGUGUU